UCUCCGCUUUGAACCCUCGUGAGCGCGCGCUCUCUUAUGGUUUUGCCCCGCACUGCUUACAAAGGGUGCUUGAGAAACUAGUUACAGCUGGUAAGGGCGAGCCGUCCAAUCAGAAGGUGCGAGGUCAGGUGGGUGGAGCCUGUGACCUGCAAGAUCAGCGAUGCCUGCCGAGCUCGCAGUCAGUCAGUCACCUGAGGUCGCGAGAGGGGCAGCAACAUCACAGAGCAGCAAAUGGCAGACCCCCCGAGGAGACCCCCCAGGAGGACACAACCCAUUCCAGCUUACAGCUACCCACAGGUGUUCCUCGUGGACCAAGGGCUCCCUGCACAAUCGUCGCUGGACCGUGGCCCCAUACCCACAUGGUCAGUGCUGCCACCCCCCGUGAAGCACCACAAGAGAAGCGGCUGCUCGGGAUGGUGGCCUCUGCUGGCCCUCAUCCAGAUCGUCACGCUGCUCGCAUUGGGCGCCGGUGCCUACUACAUCUACUGGCUGCGCCACGAGCUGCUUGAGAUGAGAAGCACCGCCGCCGCCACCGCCGAGGAGACGCCUGUGCAGUACAAGCACAUCGGACUUCCAGAGCCCACCACAGAGAAAACCGAGAAGAGCAAGACGGCCCAUCUGACAGUGAAGAACAUCACGGUGGGCUCACGAAUGCUAGUCUGGGAGAGCGCGGCCCGAGGGGCCUUCACCGAGGGGGUCGAGUACCGGGACCACAGCCUGGUCAUCAACGAGACGGCCCACUACUUCGUCUACUCCAGCGUCUUCUUCCGCAGCCAGGGCUGCCCCGUGCCCAAUCUGGUGGUGCACUCGGUUUACCGGAAGACCCUGCGCUCCGUCGAGCCCCGGCUGCUCCUGCAGUCCCGCAAGCUGAGUCAGUGCGUCGGGGGCAGCAGGUGGUACGGCAACAGCUACCUGGGGGCCGCCGUCAAGCUGGACCGGAUGGACAGGGUCUACGUGCACGUGUCGGACCCCGCGCUGGUCAGCCUGGAGCCCGCCACCACCUACUUUGGACUGUACAAGGUGUAGAAGACGAGGGCUCACUGGCACCGGGUCGGGUGCUGGCACAACGGGCAUCAAGCUGGCUCUUGAGGCCGGGGUAGGGGUGGGGGGCUGCCGCAGUGACCCCUGCCCCACCAAUAUGUGUAGCGGGUUCAAGUGUGCAAUAAGUGUUAUUUAUAGAGGUCUAUUUAAAUAAAGUCCUGCUGGUGAUGGCAUCGGGGCUCUUGGGCAUGUUCUGUGACCGCCGGCGAGUGCACUCCGGUCUCACUCCGCGUGCGCGUCUUAGCGUCAUGUCCUCA